UUGGUUACUUUGUUGCAAUAUUGCACAAGCUUCCAAAUUUACUACCUUUUGUUCUGUUUCAGUCUCGUUCAGUCGAAAUCAGGUGAGAUGAAUCGAUUCUUGGAUGUAGCUAGUGGAGCUGGUAUCGCUAAGAAGAAGGGGAAGAUAGUGAAGGCUACGGUGGUAGAAGGACGAGAUGAGGUGGAUCGUUUACGAGCUAAAGAUGAGGUGGCCGUCCACGAAGGGGUAGGUGUGGUGCACCACGUCCUUAAGGCUUUAAAACUCAUCAACGCUUUGUCAAAUGAGUUUUUCGAUGGCCUGAAGGAAAGGAAUAAAUUGAGAGAUGAAAUGUUGAGCUCGUUAAGAAAAACGAGGAGGCUGAGCAGGAGAAGGAAAAUUUGUGAGGAUGAGCUCAAGAAAGAGAAAAAGCUGAAAGAAAUGAGGAAAGCAGCGGUUGAGCUGGAGCUACAGGUGAAAUUGCAAUACCCUGAGGUCGAUGUGACAAAGAGCACAUUCGGGGAUCAGGAAAGAGAGUGGCACUACUAAUUUUUGUCCUGAUAUCAAACUGAAGUGGGAUUGGGACAGGAGAGGUUGAACCGUUUUCUUGCCAAACUUUGAUUUUAAGUUCAUGGAGGUGGAUGAUGAAGAGAGCAGAGGUGCUGAUGAGCUAGACCAACCUACUGAGUAGCCCUUUACUUCGUCCAUAUGAAUAGUUUGAUUUUUUUGUAAGCAGUGAUUGCUUGUAAACAGUUUGAUUUAAUGAAUGAAUUCAAAUUAU